GCAUAUACAUCCUUAUGUGCUUUGCCUUUCUCCCCACAAGAGGUUCCCCAGUGCUCUUGUGACUUUUUUCUUCUGGCUCCAUCCUCGAGUCUGGCGUUCCAUCCAGGCUGGGAAUGGAAAGUUAGAGAGUGACGUCCUCUGACACCCUCCCUUCACGUAGAGGGUCUGAGGUUUGUUUGCUUAGGCUGAGCAGAGGAUGCCAAAGAUAGAGGUUUGAGUCAGCUUGACACUAGCUUAAGGCUCUGUUUUUCACCCUCCUUGUUCCUUCUUCUCUUUCCCCUCCCCCUUCUGGCCAGUUGUUUCCUGGGCUUUGUCUGAGAUACACUGUACAGUUUUAGUCCCAGUCUACCACUGCCUGCUGAAAAAUGCUCAGAGGCGAGAUGGAGGAAAAGCCGCCAGGAAGUUUCUGACACCACUAAGCUCCGGGCCUCUGCCUCUGUGCUGAUAGUACAGAACAGCAGUAACCUCAGGAGAAAGGCAUCCGAGGCCUGCAAUGAGCUGUGUGGGCUUUGCUAACUCAAGGGAGGAGAAAGGACGGCCUGGAAAUGCCUAUCUUAGAUUCAUCCUAUUUGCCACCAACCAUCUUUAUUUUGACUCACAUUCUUGGAAUUGCUGGUGUUCUCUACUGGAAGAGAUGUGCCAGAGGCAGAGCAGAUGAACGGGACCGGGUUCAGAAGAAGACAUUCACCAAGUGGGUCAAUAAGCACUUGAUGAAGGUCCGCAAGCACAUCAAUGAUCUCUACGAAGACCUGCGGGAUGGCCAUAACCUGAUCUCUCUGCUGGAGGUCCUCUCGGGCAUCAAAUUGGAGCCAGCAGGGCUGAAGACCCUCCGUCUGGUGAGCAUGCCCUCCUGGCGUCAUACAAACAGCGAGGAGCAGGAGGAGGAAGAUGAUGAUGAUGUACCCCGAGAGAAGGGCAGGAUGCGUUUUCAUAGGUUGCAGAAUGUGCAGAUUGCCCUGGACUUCCUGAAGCAGCGGCAGGUUAAACUGGUGAAUAUUCGUAAUGAUGACAUCACGGAUGGCAACCCGAAGCUGACCCUGGGCCUGAUCUGGACCAUUAUUUUGCACUUCCAGAUCUCUGACAUCUACAUUAGUGGAGAGUCAGGGGACAUGUCAGCCAAGGAGAAGCUGCUCCUGUGGACCCAGAAGGUGACAGCUGGUUACACAGGAAUCAAAUGCACCAACUUUUCCUCCUGCUGGAGUGAUGGGAAGAUGUUCAACGCACUUAUUCACCGAUACAGACCUGAUCUGGUAGAUAUGGAGAGGGUACAAAUCCAAAGUAACCGAGAGAAUCUGGAGCAGGCUUUCGAAGUGGCAGAAAGACUGGGAGUGACCCGGUUACUGGAUGCAGAAGAUGUGGAUGUGCCAUCUCCAGAUGAAAAGUCUGUUAUCACUUACGUGUCUUCCAUUUAUGAUGCCUUCCCUAAGGUCCCUGAGGGCGGAGAAGGGAUCAGUGCUACGGAAGUGGACGCCAGGUGGCAAGAAUACCAAAGCCGGGUGGACUCCCUCAUUCCCUGGAUCAAACAGCACACAAUACUGAUGUCAGAUAAAUCUUUCCCCCAGAACCCUGUUGAAUUAAAGGCACUUUAUAACCAAUAUAUACACUUCAAAGAAACAGAAAUUCUUGCCAAGGAGAGAGAAAAAGGAAGAAUCGAGGAAUUAUAUAAAUUACUAGAGGUGUGGAUUGAAUUUGGCCGAAUUAAACUGCCCCAGGGUUAUCACCCUAAUGAUGUGGAAGAAGAGUGGGGAAAGCUCAUCAUCGAGAUGUUGGAGCGAGAGAAAUCACUUCGGCCAGCUGUAGAGAGGCUGGAAUUGCUGCUACAGAUUGCAAACAAAAUCCAGAAUGGUGCUUUGAACUGUGAAGAAAAACUGACACUAGCUAAGAAUACUCUGCAGGCUGAUGCUGCUCACCUGGAAUCAGGACAACCAGUACAGUAUGAGUCGGAUGUCGUCAUGUACAUUCAGGAAUGUGAAGGUCUCAUCAGGCAGCUGCAGGUGGAUCUCCAGAUCCUACGGGAUGAGAAUUACUAUCAGCUAGAAGAGCUGGCUUUUAGGGUUAUGCGUUUGCAGGAUGAAUUGGUCACCUUGCGUCUAGAGUGCACAAACCUGUAUCGGAAGGGCCACUUUACUACACUUGAGUUGGCUCCACCAUCUGCUUUAACCACUACUCAUCUAAAGGCAGAACCUUUGAGCAAGGGAACCCAUUCUUCUUCUACCUCCUGGUUCCGAAAACCCAUGACUCGGGCUGAACUUGUGUCUAUCUCUUCCUCUGAGGAUGAAGGCAAUCUCCGAUUUGUGUAUGAACUACUGUCUUGGGUAGAGGAGAUGCAGAUGAAACUGGAGCGAGCAGAAUGGGGUAACGACCUGCCUAGUGUGGAGUUGCAGCUGGAAACACAGCAGCACAUCCACACCAGCGUAGAAGAACUGGGCUCAAGCGUCAAAGAGGCCAGGUUGUACGAAGGAAAAAUGUCCCAAAAUUUCCAUACCAGCUAUGUUGAAACUCUUGGGAAGCUGGAAACACAGUAUUGUAAACUGAAGGAAACUUCUAGCUUCCGGAUGAGGCACCUUCAGAGCCUGCAUAAAUUUGUCUCCAGAGCUACAGCUGAGUUGAUCUGGUUGAAUGAGAAGGAGGAGGAGGAACUAGCAUAUGACUGGAGUGACAACAAUCCCAAUAUCUCAGCCAAGAGAAAUUACUUCUCCGAGCUGACAGUGGAGCUGGAGGAGAAGCAGGAUGUGUUUCGGUCUCUCCAGGAUACAGCAGAGCUGCUGUCACUUGAGAACCACCCAGCCAAGCAGACUGUGGAGGCUUACAGUGCUGCUGUCCAGUCCCAGUUACAGUGGAUGAAGCAGCUGUGCUUAUGUGUUGAGCAGCACGUGAAGGAGAAUACUGCUUACUUUCAGUUCUUCAGUGACGCACGAGACCUGGAGUCAUUCUUGAAGAACCUCCAAGAUUCCAUCAAACGGAAGUAUUCCUGUGACCAUAACACCAGCCUGUCCCGCCUUGAGGACCUGCUCCAGGACUCCAUGGAUGAAAAGGAGCAACUUAUACAGUCCAAGAGUUCCGUUGCCAGCCUUGUUGGGAGAUCAAAAACCAUUGUUCAGCUAAAGCCUCGCAGUCCAGACCAUGUGCUAAAGAGCACCAUUUCUGUUAAGGCCAUCUGUGACUAUCGGCAAAUUGAGAUCACUAUUUGCAAGAAUGAUGAGUGUGUAUUGGAAGAUAAUUCACAGAGGACCAAAUGGAAAGUGAUCAGCCCCACAGGGAAUGAGGCAAUGGUGCCAUCGGUCUGCUUCCUCAUCCCUCCGCCCAAUAAGGAUGCCGUUGAGAUGGCCAGCAGGGUGGAGCAGUCUUAUCAGAAGGUGAUGGCCCUGUGGCACCAGCUACAUGUUAACACCAAAAGCCUUAUCUCCUGGCACUAUCUGAGGAAGGACCUUGACCUUGUACAGAGCUGGAACAUAGAAAAGCUUCGAUCUUUAGCACCUGGGGAGUACCACCAGAUUAUGAAGAAUCUCCAGGCCCACUACGAAGACUUUCUGCAGGAUAGCCGUGACUCUCUGCUCUUCUCAGUGACUGAUCGCUUGCGCUUAGAAGAGGAGGUGGAUGCUUGUAAAGCACACUUCCAGCACUUGAUGAAGUCCAUGGAGAAUGAGGACAAAGAGGAGACAGUGGCCAGGAUGUACAUUUCAGAGCUGAAGAAUAUCCGGCUGCGCCUGGAAGAGUGUGAACAGAGGCUGGUCAAACGAAUUCAUUCCCUGAGCAGCUCCAGAACCGACGAAGAUGCCCGGCAGGACAAUGCAUUAAGGAUUGCAGAGCAAGAGCACACCCAGGAAGAUUUGCAGCAACUGAGGUCAGACUUGAAUGAUGUUUCCAUAAAAUGCAACAGCUUUCUCCAUCAGUCUCCAUCUGGUUCUAGUGUCCCAACUCUGCGCUCAGAACUCAAUCUGCUGGUAGAGAAGAUGGACCAUGUAUAUGGUCUCUCUACUGUCUAUCUGAAUAAGCUAAAGACAAUCGAUAUUAUCGUACGUAGCAUACAGGAUGCUGAACUCUUAGUCAAAGGUUAUGAAAUCAAGUUGAGUCAAGAAGAAGGAGUACCAGCAGAUCUCUCAGCUCUGGAGUCCCAUCGGUCCACGUUAAGGCACUGGCUUAGUGAUGUGAAGGACAAGAACUCAGUGUUUACAGUCCUGGAUGAGGAAAUAGCCAAGGCCAAGGUGGUGGCAGAGCAGCUGAGUCGUCUGACACCAGAGCGAAAUCUGGAUUUGGAGCGCUAUCAGGAGAAAGGUUCCCAACUGCAGGAGCGUUGGCACCGGGUCAUCGCCCAAAUCGAGACCCGCCAAUCUGAGCUAGAAAGUAUCCAGGAAGUCCUGGGAGAAUACCGAGCCUGCCACGGCAGUCUCAUCAAGUGGAUUGAGGAAACGACUGCCCAGCAGGAAAUGAUGAAGCCAGGCCAGGCAGAGGACAGCCGAGUGCUGUCAGAGCAGCUCAGCCAGCAGACGGAUCUGUUUGCAGAAAUUGAGAGAAAUCAGACAAAACUGGACCAGUGUCAAAAAUUUUCCCAGCAGUACUCCACCAUUGUAAAGGACUAUGAAUUGCAACUGAUGACAUACAAGGCCUUUGUGGAAUCCCAGCAGAAAUCCCCUGGCAAGCGCCGUCGCGUGCUUUCCUCUUCAGAUACCAUCACACAAGAGUUCAUGGACUUAAGGACUCGCUACACAGCAUUGGUGACCUUAACAACGCAGCACGUGAAAUACAUCAGUGAUGCACUCCGGCGGCUGGAGGAGGAGGAGAAAGUGGUAGAAGAGGAAAAACAAGAACAUGUAGAGAAGGUUAAAGAACUUUUGGGCUGGGUGUCUACCCUGGCAAGGAAUACACAAGGAAAGACUACCUCAUCCCAGACCAAAGAAUUAACAGACAUUGAAAAGGCUAUUUUGGAACAGCAGAUUCUAACAGAGGAGCUGACAAACAAGAAGGAACAAGUCUCUGAGGCCAUUAAAACUUCACAGAUCUUCUUGGCCAAGCAUGGUCAUAAGCUCUCAGAAAAAGAGAAGGAACAGAUAUCUGAGCAAUUGAAUGCCCUGAAUAAGGCUUAUCAUGACCUUUGUGAUGGUUCUUCAAACCAGCUUCAGCAGCUUCAGAGCCAAUUGGCCCAGCAGACAGAACAAAAGGGUUGCAGAGCAGUUGCUGGGGUGAUUGACCUAGGCACGGUGGAGAUAUUUCCCAUCUUCAGAGCCAUGCAAAAGGGCCUCAUUGACCAAGACACAGGCCUUGUGCUCCUGGAAUCCCAGGUUAUCAUGUCUGGCCUCAUUGCCCCCGAGACCAGUGAAAAGCUCUCCUUGGAGGAGGGUCUAGCCCGAAACCUCAUUAAUCCCCAGAUGUACCAGCAGCUCCAGGAGCUACAGGAUGCUCUGUCCUUAAUAAGUGGGCUCACCGAGGGCAAAGGCCCUCUUUCUGUGGUAGAAGCAAUUGAAAACAGAAUAAUCAGUGAGAGAGUUGGACUGAAAAUCCUAGAAACUCACCUGGCAACUGGAGGUUUCAGUAUCUCCCCCAGUGAGAACUGUAUUAACCUAGAGGAGGCUUUUCAUCAAGGCCUUAUCACUCCACAGCUUCAUACAGUUUUGGAGUCUUAUUUGAGGUCAUCCAAGAAUUUGAUAGACCCCAACACAGCUGAGAAAAUUGGUUUGCUGGACCUGAUGCAGAGGUGUAUUGUCCACCAGGAAUCAGGGUUGAAAUUGCUACCUGUCAAGCAAUUGGCAGGGGGGAUGGUGAGCUUGAAAUCGGGCAGGAAGGUUAGCAUUUUCCGUGCAGUUCAGGAAGGGCUGAUAGAUAGGCAGGUCACUGUCCGGCUGCUGGAAGCUCAGCUUUUUGCUGGUGGCAUAGUAGAUCCAAGAACAGGACACAGACUUACAGUAGAAGAGGCUGUAAGACAUAAUUUGAUUGACCAAGAUAUGGCCUGUGCUAUUCUCAUAAGGCAGCUUCAAACAGGAGGCAUCAUAGACAGUGCCACUGGGCAAAGGCUGACAAUAAAUGAAGCAGUGAGCAAUGAUCUAGUAGCUGCAAAGAUUGCCCUCGUGAUUCUGGAGUCCCUUUGGUCAUUCAUGGGGUUUCUAUGGCCUGAAUCUGGAGAAAUCCUCCCGAUUACAGAUGCCUUGGAACAAGGCCUUGUGUCUACUGAACUAGCUCAUAAAAUCCUCAGUGGCCGACAGCAUAUUAAGGCUCUGUUUCUACCAGCAACCACAGAGGUUUGGUCCUGGAAGAAAGCAAUAGAGAAUGGGAUCUUGGACAAAGAUCUUGCCGAUAACUUAAAGUCAGUUUGCAUACCUGAUGUGAUGCCUCACAUGCAAUUAGCAGACUCUUCGGAACAAAGCAAAUUAGGCAUUAAUCCUGGAGCAGCAGCUCUACCGUGCAGCACGGGCCAAACUGAGGGCAUAGCAAGCCACAGGGAGAAGCUGUUGUUUCAACUAAUGACUCACAGCUAUAUUAAUGUGAGGGAUGGACAGAGGUUGCUCCUGUUAGACAAAGAGCUGAUAGAGACACUAACACCAAGAGAUGGAUCUCAAACAAGUCCUCCAGAAGUAUUUGGAAUUGGGCAUCAAAGACUAGAAGCUCCUGAGGAAUUACAAAAAUCAGCUAACGUGAAAAGUACAGAAGCUUUCUAUGAUGGGCUGACCUUGAGGCCACAUGAGUUCCAGGUUUUUUCUCAGAAGAAAGAAUAUCUUGAUCAGAAAAGUUGCACUGAAGCAAAAGGUACACAGACCAUUGUAGAAACAGAAGAUUCCUAUAUCGAGAACCCUGGAAAGGACCUGUUUGGAGGGGAACAAAAAGUGAGAAAUCCAAAUGUUAACACUUUAAAGGUCAUAAAUAAAGUUAAAUCAGAGUUACAAAGACAGUUGUUAGGUACCAAAAAGGGAGACGGAACAGAAGUAUCCACUAGAGAAAAUGUCAGCAGUGGUCAAGAAACAGAGGGUUUGUGCUUAGCACUUGACAGAGAUCCUUUUCCUGUUGAAACACCAGCAGAAGAAUGGCAGGCUCUCAGAAAGACAUCUUUUACCUGCCAGAAAGAACAAGCACACACACUUCAGACUGAACAUAUUCCAGGUGAAACUGGAAGAACUCUCAUAAAAUCCCAUGACAAAAAGUCGCAAUUUCAGGUAGAGAAAACUCUACAUUUAGAAUCUGAAUUAAAGUGUGAAAAUGACAUGAAUAUCCAGUCUCUGGACAAAAAGAAAGUUGUGAAUAAAAUGCCCUUGGAUAGGGAUGACCAUAAACAAAGUCAAGAAGGAGAAAACAUUGCAGGCGGCAGUUUUAGAAUGACGUUAGGAAAGAGAGGUGAGGAAGAUGAUGGUAGUGAGACCUGCCUCUCAUGCAGUCGUCCUUCGGAAUUGCUUGAAGAAACUACCUUAAAUAUAUUAUCUGCACAGUUACUAGAUGGUGGCAUCUUUCAUGAACAAACGGGUCAGAAGCUCUUAGUAAAUGAAGCAAUAGCCCAAGGCAUCGUGCCCAGUCAUACUGCUGUGAAACUUAUGGGAAAGUUUAAAAUGUUUCGGGGCUUCUUUGACUCUCAGACCCAUGAGUCUUUCACAACUGAAGAAGUCAUUGAUGAAGGUCUGAUGGAUGAGAAACUGUUACAUAAUGUCCUCAUGUCAGACAAAGCUAUAAGUGGUGUCUUAGAUCCCCGUACCCACACACUCUGCUCUGUGAGGGAUGCAGUUGCGGCUGGACUACUUGACAAGCAAACAGCCACUAGAAUUUUAGAGGGGCAGGUGGUGACUGGUGGAAUUGUUGAUGUGAAACGAGGCAAAAAAGUUUCAGUAACUUUGGCCUCAAAUCUUGGCUUGGUGGACAGUGAUGACCAGGCAGAGCUUAUAAGUCUAGAGAAAGCUUCCAAAGGCAGAGAUUCUGAAAAAACAAUUAGGGAGAGAUUAAUCAACUUACAAAUGGAAACAACUGGCAUUAUGGACCCUGAUACCAAAGCCCCUUUAACAGUUGUGCAUGCCAUUGACCGAGGUCUUUUGGAGAGAGAUGAGGCCAUUCGGUUAUUGACUAAGCAAGUAGUAGAUGGAGGUAUCAUUCACCAUGUAUCUGGGAUGAGACUUUCUGUUGAUAAUGCCCUUAAACAUGGCUUGAUUGAUGAAGAUUUAUCCAGGCAACUCAAAAAAGUUGAGAACUUAAACCUCCGUCAGUUUUUGCAUCCUGGAACAAAGGAAACUAUUUCCCUCCCUGAAGCCAUAAAGUUAGAUCUUAUUACUCCAGACUUGAAAAGGGAAAUCCAAGAAAUUCAGUCCUUGACUGGAAACUUUGUAGAUCUCAUUUCUGGCCAGAGAUUGACCUUGGCAGAAGCCAAAAAAGAAGGGCUGUUAACUAAUGAAGCAAUAUUGUCUUCAGGAAUGAUGCAUGGGAUUGUAGAUCCUGAGAAUUACAGAAUUGUUCCCUAUUCAGAAUUAGUAAAGAAAUGUAAGAUUGAUAUUGAAUCUGGGCAGAGAUAUCUAGAAGUAAUUCCCUUUUCCGACAUCAAAGAUGGGGUUAGUGGCAAGGCACUUACAUUGCCUGAAGCAGCUCAGCUUGGAAAAGUAGACUUUGCUCCUACACUGAGGGUUCUGGAAGCCCAGGCAAAUACUGGUGGAAUCAUAGAUACUGCUACAGGAAAAAGACUGACACUAGCAUCAGCUUUGGAACAGAAAUUGGUAGAUGAAAACAUGGUCAGAAUUAUUGCAUCUCAUCAAGUGUCAAAUGGAGGAAUUGUUGACACAUUUAAUGAUCAGAGGGUGAAUUUAAAGGAAGCUAUUGAAAAAAGAUUGAUCAGCCCUGAACUGGCAACUAUGAUCCAAGUAGAUACUUCAGACCCCUAUGAUCAUAGGGCUCAGAUUGAAAAGCAUGAUGGAACUGAAGUAUGUGAAUUAAAGAGUGAAUUUCUAAGAAAGGAAAUGUUAAUUGCUUGUGAUCAGGCUGCUGAAAUGAGUUGUGAUAAAGGAGAAACUAAGAGAAUAUUUCAAAUUCAAAGUCGAUCUGUAGAAGAAACAACUAAAUUGAGACUUCCUGUUGGGGAAUGGGCUAAAAAGGCCAGGAAAGUUCUGUUAAGAGAAUCACAAUACAAGGAUCAAGGUGAGAGGGGAGCUUCUCCAGAUGCUGAAGGAUCUGCCAGCGUCGUGAUUUCUGGUAACCUUAAAGGUCAAUCCUUGGACCAAGUUUCAGUAGAACACCCUCACUCAGAAGUUUGUAAUUUUAAACUCGAAGAGUUCAUUCAGGAUAACAUGGGAAACAAUACAAAUAAAGAGCAGGAAAAAAUAGUAACAAAAGUAGAAAUUAUCUCUCAUAUGAAGCAGCCUACUUCAGGUCUGGAUUCUAAAGAAGUAAGAGAAAACCAAAGGGAAAUGAUUUCAAAAGUACAAGAAUCAAAUUGUGAAACUUCAAGCAAAUUGCUCAGUGAACAGGCUUCUCAGGAGCCAGUGAAUAUCCAAGUGAAAAAUAAAAGAGAGAAGAGGGAGAUGGUUUUAGAGGAGAGUGUCAAAACAUGCAAACCAGCAGUUCUUUCAGAAGAAGAGUUGAACCAGGAAACUGGCAUUAGAGAUGAACAUGACUGUAAUAUAAAGAGUCAGCCUAUGGAAAUAAUCAUACCUGAAAGAAGGAAAGAAGCUGAUAGAGAGCUGGGAUUUUCCAUUAUUUGUAAAGCUAAAGACUCAUCUUCCCAAAUGGUAUCCAAAGGAAUUCCUAUAAGAAAUCAAGAUGCUUUAACAUUCUUCAAUUUGAAACAGGCCAACGAAGGAGAAGUCAAAAAUUUAAGCGUCUGUUUGACUUCAAAACCAGAAGAAAAUUUAUUUCAGGAAAUUACCGUUGGGACACAGAGUGAGCCAUCCUCUUCUAUGACCCUGAGACCUGAAGGAUUGCGCUACCAAGAAUCAGUUGGAGAAGCCCAAGAUGCAGACAGAUCCCAAAUUUCCAAAGCAGACAAGUCAUUCCAAGGAACCACGAGGCAAGAGACCAACUAUUAUCAAGAUUCCUGUGUUACUUUUAAAUCUAAGGAAACCAAAGAUUUGAUUUUCUCAUCUAAUGAAUGUAAAGAAAAGUCACACCAAGAAGUAAUUUUUGACUCAGCAAAAGCUCUGAAGUUGGAAGAUACUACAGUUUCCAGAGUAGACCCAAAAGAGGUCAGUUAUCUGGAAUUCUCAGACAGAAAGGACCUUAAUCAUCAGGACAGAAAAAGUGAUCAUGAACUUUGUGGAAUUUCCCAAUGUAAUGUAGCAACAACUCAGGAAAUAACUGGAGAGAAAUUUCUAGAAAUUGCAAAUUCUCCAAUUACAGACUCAGAAGCAGGGUCUCUUGAAGGCAUAGUGACUCAGGACGGUCCCAGAGUUUUGGUGUCCCUUCUUCCAGAGAAACUGUUAAAAAAUGUGUCACAGAAAGAGAUUACAGGGCAACAGGAUGCCAUUGCUAGCCCCACUAUUCCAGAGACCAGUGCAGAAAAGACAAUGCCCCUAGUAUCAUGCCCUACAAAGAAGAUGGAUGAGAAGACGCUACACGAAGAGCUCAGAGAGAGUCCUGGCAGUGAGCAAACUCCUUUUCAUGAAGGUGUAAACCUGGAGCCCUUCAAAGCAACUAAGAAUGUAUAUAACCGGCAACUCUGUCUAGAACAUGAUGAGAAGCUAGUAUCCUAUCUGUCUCUGUUACGGGACAUUGAAAUGAGGACCAAACAGAUUCAAUCUCUGGAGCUAAACCUGGCAGAGCUAGAGGAUCUGCUAUGUCAGGCCAAGGUAUUAGACAGGGAGCUAAAGGAUUUGUCCACUCUGGUGAGUCAGGAAUUGGAGUGUGUGGAUCAGAUUAUCGUCAGCCAGCCUCAAGAAGUACCUGCUCAAUUGUUGAAGGCUCUAGAGAAAGAUGCUAAGAAUCUUCAAAAGUCUCUCAGCUCUGUGACUGACAUUUGGAGUUCCAGGCUACUCAACCUCCAGAAUGUUGUGGACGUGAAAAAGACUAAAAUGUUAAAUCAGCAAGUACAGCUGGAAGACAAACUGCAAGAGCUUAAGGCCUGGGUUGGCAAUACCAAUCUUACUUUGAACAGCAAGGAAUAUAACAAUGACACAGAUGCUGACAGCCUGAAUCACUGUCUCCAGCAGUAUGAGGAUUUGAAGCAGCCCAUGGCUGAAAGGAAAUCUCAGCUGGAUGCUCUUGCUUUUGAUAUUCAAUUUUUUAUCUCUGAGCACGCCCAGGACUUGUCCCCUCAGCAGAACCGACAGAUGCUGAGGCUUCUGAAUGAGCUGCAGAGGUCCUUCCAGGACCUUGCCGAGCAGACUGCAACCCAGAUGGAUGCCUUGCAGGGCCAUCUUCGACAAUUGAAGCAGGCAGCCCAGGUUAAGACCCUGCAGAAACAACAGAAUACCUGUCACCAGAAACUGGAGGAUCUUUGCAACUGGGCAGGACAGGCAGAAAGAACACUGGUGGGCCACCAAGGCAGAGCCACCCAACAGGACCUGUCUGUCUUGCAGAAGAACCAAAGUGACUUGAAGGAUUUACAAGAUGACAUUCAGAGUCAUGCCACCUCAUUUGCCAGUGUUGUCAAAGACAUUGAAGGGUUCCUGGAAGAGAACCAGACCAAGCUGAGCCCCCAGGAGUUGACAGCUCUUCGGGAAAAACUUCAUCAGGCUAAGGAGCAAUAUGAGGCUCUCCAGGGUCGGACACGGGUGGCCCAGAAGGAGCUGGAGGAAGCAGUGACCUCAGCCUUACAGCAAGAGACUGAAAAGAGUAAAGCAGCAAAGGAACUGGCAGAGAACAGGAGUAAGAUUGAUACUCUCCUGGACUGGGUAACUUCAUUGGGAUCAUCUGGUGGACAGCUGCAGGCCAGCCUUCCAAGAAUAGAGCAGAUCUCAGGAGCUGGCCUGGAGAAAGAAGCCUUGGAUACCACUGAUGGUCACAUGGGGGUGAACCAAGCCCCAGAGAAGCUGGAUGAGCAAUGUGAGAAGAUAAAGGCCCAUCACCAAGAAUUGCUAUCCCAGCAGCAAAAUUUCAUCCUGGCCACCCAGUCAGCUCAGGCCUUCUUGGACCAACACGGCCACAAUCUCACACCUGAGGAACAGCAGACACUGCAGGAGAAACUGGGUGAGCUAAAGGAACAGUACGCAGCUUCCCUGGCCCAGUCAGAGGCAGAGCUGAAGCAGGUGCAGACCCUACGGGAUGAGUUGCAGAAGUUUCUGCAGGAUCAUAGAGAGUUUGAAAACUGGCUGGAACGGUCUGAGAAAGAGCUGGUGAACAUGCAUAAAGGAGACAGCAGCCCCGAGGCGCUUCCCUCGCUGCUGAAGCGGCAGGGGAGCUUCUCGGAGGACGUGAUUUCCCAUAAAGGAGACUUGAGAUUUGUGACUAUCUCUGGACAGAAAGUCUUGGACACAGAAAACAGCUUUAAGAAAGGCAGCGAACCAUCAGCAACUGGAAACUUAGUGAAGGAGAAGCUGAAGGAUGCAACAGAAAGAUACACUGCCCUCCAUUCAAAGUGUACACAGCUGGGCUCUCACCUGAACACGUUGCUAGGCCAGUAUCAGCAGUUCCAGAGCAGUGUCGACAGCCUGCAGGCCUGGGUGAGGACUUGUGAGGCCCAUGUGGAGAAGCUCUUGUCAGAUACUGUUGCCUCUGACCCUGGGAUCCUACAACAGCAGCUUGCAACAACAAAGCAGUUGCAGGAAGAAUUGGCUGAGCACCAAGUACCUGUUGAAAAGCUCCAAAAAGUAGCUCAAGACCUCAUGGAAAUUGAAGGGGAGCCAGCUCCAGACCACAAGCAUGUUCAAGAAACUACAGGUUCCAUACUCAGCCGUUUCCAGAGCCUUUCCCGUAGUCUGAAUGAGCGCUCUGCUCUGCUGCAGAAGGCAAUUGCCCACUCUCAGAGUGUCCAGGAAAGCCUGGAGAGCCUGCUGCAGUCCAUCAGGGAGGUUGAAAAUAACCUGGGAGGGGAGCAGGUGGCAUCACUGUCAUCAGGAGUCAUUCAAGAAGCCCUGGCUACUAAUAUGAAAUUAAAGCAGGACAUUGCUCGGCAAAAGAGUAGCUUGGAGGCCACUCGUGAGAUGGUGACCCGAUUCAUGGAGACAGCAGACAGCACCACGGCAGCAGUGCUGCAGGGCAAGCUGGCGGAGGUGAGCCAACGCUUCCAACAGCUCUGUCUACAGCAGCAGGAAAAGGAGAGCUCCCUGAAGAAGCUUCUGCCGCAGGCAGAGAUGUUUGAGCAUCUUUCUGAAAAGCUGCAGCAGUUCAUGGAAAACAAAAGUCGGAUGCUGGCCUCGGGAAAUCAGCCAGAUCAAGAUAUUGCACAUUUUUUCCAGCAGAUCCAGGAGCUUAAUUUGGAAAUGCAAGACCAACAGGAGAACCUAGAUACUCUUGAGCACCUGGUUACUGAACUGAGCUCCUGUGGCUUUGCACUGGACCUAUCCCAGCACCAGGACAGGGUACAAAAUCUCAAAAGGGACUUCACAGAACUGCAGAAAACAGUUAAAGAAAGAGAGGAAGAUGCAUCGUCUUGCCAGGAGCAAUUGGAUGAAUUCAGAAAGCUGGUUAGGACCUUCCAGAAAUGGCCGAAGGAAACUGAAGGGAGCAUUGCACUUACAGAGACUUUCAGGAGUACUAAAGAACUGGAAAAAGAGAUUGAACACCUGAAGGGUCUCCUAGAUGACUGGGCAAGUAAGGGAACCCUGGUGGAAGAAAUCAACUGCAAAGGCACUUCUUUAGAAAAUCUCAUCAUGGAAAUUACAGCGCCUGAUUCCCAAGGCAAGACAGGUUCCAUACUGCCCUCUGUAGGAAGCUCUGUAGGCAGUGUAAACGGAUACCACACCUGCAAAGAUCUGACGGAAAUCCAGUGUGACAUGUCAGAUGUAAACUUGAAGUAUGAGAAAUUGGGGGGAGUACUUCAGGAACGCCAGGAGAGCCUUCAAGCUAUGCUCAGCAGAAUGCAGGAAGUUCAGAAGGAGGCAAGCUCAGUGCUGCAAUGGCUGGAAUCAAAAGAGGAAGUCCUGAAAGCCAUGGAUGCCUCUUCAUCUCCAACCAAAACAGAAACAGUGAGAGCCCAAGCUGAAUCUAAUAAGGCCUUCCUGGCAGAAUUGGAACAGAACUCUCCAAAGAUCCAAAAAGUAAAGGAUGCUCUAGCUGGAUUACUCAUGACAUAUCCCAACUCACAGGAAGCAGAAAAUUGGAAGAAAAUGCAAGAUGAUCUCAAUUCCCGAUGGGAAAGGGCCACGGAGGUGACUGUGGCUCGGCAGAGGCAGCUAGAGGAAUCAGCAAGCCAUCUGGCCUCCUUCCAGGCUGCGGAAUCCCAGCUCCGGCCGUGGCUGAUGGAGAAGGAGCUGAUGAUGGGGGUGCUGGGGCCCCUGUCUAUUGACCCCAACAUGCUGAAUGCCCAGAAGCAGCAGGUCCAGUUUAUGCUGAAGGAAUUUGAAGCACGGAGGCAACAACAUGAGCAGCUGAAUGAUGCCGCUCAGGGCAUCCUUACAGGCCCUGGAGAUGUCUCUCCAUCCACCAGCCAAGUACAGCAAGAACUCCAGAGCAUCAAUCAGAAGUGGGUUGAGCUGACCGACAAGCUCAAUUCCCGUUCCAGCCACAUUGACCAAGCUAUUGUCAAAAGCACUCAGUACCAGGAAUUGCUCCAGGACUUAUCAGAGAAGGUGAAGGCAAUUGGACAGCGACUAAGUGGCCAGUCAGCCAUCAGCACCCAGCCUGAGGCUGUAAAGCAGCAAUUGGAAGAGACCAGUGAGAUUCGAUCUGAGUUGGAGCAAUUAGACAAUGAGAUUAAAGAAGCGCAGACACUGUGCGAUGAACUUUCAAUGCUUAUUGGUGAGCAGUACCUCAAGGAUGAGCUGAAGAAACGUUUGGAAACUGUUGCUCUGCCUCUCCAAGGUUUAGAAGACCUUGCAGCUGAUCGCAUGAACAGACUACAGGCAGCUCUUGCCAGCACCCAGCAGUUCCAACAAAUGUUUGAUGAGCUAAGGACCUGGUUGGAUGACAAACAAAGCCAGCAAGCAAAAAACUGCCCAAUUUCUGCAAAAUUGGAGCGACUACAGUCUCAGCUUCAGGAGAAUGAAGAGUUUCAGAAGAGCCUUAACCAACACAGUGGUUCCUAUGAGGUGAUUGUUGCUGAAGGAGAAUCUCUGCUGCUUUCUGUGCCUCCUGGGGAAGAGAAAAGGACUUUACAAAACCAGUUGGUUGAUCUCAAAAGCCAUUGGGAAGAGCUUAGUAAAAAAACUGCAGACAGACAAUCCAGGCUCAAGGACUGUUUGCAGAAAGCUCAGAAAUAUCAGUGGCACAUGGAAGACCUCAUGCCAUGGAUAGAUGACUGUAAAGCCAAAAUGUCUGACCUGCAGGUCACUCUGGAUCCAGUGCAGCUUGAAUCCAGUCUGCUAAGAUCAAAGGCUAUGCUGAGUGAGGUGGAGAAGCGCCGUUCCCUGCUGGAGAUAUUGAAUAGUGCUGCUGACAUUCUGAUCAAUUCUUCUGAAGCAGAUGAGGAUGAUAUCCGGGAUGAGAAAGCUGGGAUUAACCAGAACAUGGAUACUAUUACAGAAGAACUACAGGCCAAAACAGGAUUGCUUGAAGAAAUGACUCAGAGGCUCAAGGAGUUCCAGGAAAGCUUUAAGAAUAUUGAAAAGAGGGUCGAAGGGGCCAAACACCAACUUGAGAUCUUUGAUGCUCUAGGCUCUCAAGCCUGUAGCAACAAGAACCUGGAAAAGUUAAGAGCUCAACAGGAAGUGCUGCAGGCCCUGGAGCCUCAGGUAGACUAUCUGAGGAACUUCACUCAGGGCCUGGUAGAAGAUGCUCCAGAUGGAUCUGAUGCUUCCCAGCUUCUACACCAAGCUGAGGUCGCCCAGCAAGAGUUCCUAGAAGUAAAGCAAAGAGUGAACAGUGGUUGCAUGAUGAUGGAAAACAAGCUGGAGGGGAUUGGCCAGUUUCACUGCCGAGUCCGAGAGAUGUUUUCUCAAUUGGCAGACCUGGACGAUGAGCUAGAUGGCAUGGGUGCUAUUGGAAGAGACACUGAUAGCCUCCAGUCCCAAAUUGAGGAUGUACGGCUAUUCCUUAACAAAAUCCAAGUCCUCAAGUUAGACAUAGAGGCCUCUGAAGCAGAGUGCCGGCAAAUGCUGGAAGAAGAAGGGACUCUGGACUUGCUAGGUCUCAAGAGGGAGCUAGAAGCCCUGAACAAACAGUGUGGCAAACUGACAGAGAGGGGUAAAGCUCGUCAAGAACAGCUAGAGCUGACACUGGGCCGAGUGGAGGACUUCUACAGAAAAUUGAAAGUACUCAAUGACAUGACCACAGCAGCAGAGGAGGGAGAGGCCCUCCAGUGGGUAGUGGGGACAGAAGUGGACACCAUCAACCAACAAUUAGCAGACUUUAAAACAUUUCAGAAAGAACAAGUGGAUCCCCUGCAGAUGAAAUUGCAGCAGGUGAAUGGACUUGGCCAGGGAUUGAUUCAGAGUGCGGGGAAAAACUGUGAUGUGCAGGGUUUGGAACAUGACAUGGAAGAAAUCAAUGCUCGCUGGAAUACAUUGAAUAAAAAGGUUGCACAAAGAAUUGCACAACUGCAGGAGGCUUUGUUGCAUUGUGGGAAGUUCCAAGAUGCCUUGGAGCCAUUGCUCAGCUGGUUGGCAGACACAGAGGAGCUAAUAGCCAAUCAGAAACCUCCAUCUGCUGAGUAUAAAGUGGUGAAAGCACAGAUCCAAGAACAGAAGUUGCUCCAGCGACUCCUAGAUGAUCGAAAGGCCACAGUAGACAUGCUUCAAGCAGAAGGAGGCAGAAUAGCCCAGUCAGCCGAGCUGGCUGAUAGAGAGAAAAUCACUGGACAACUGAAGAGUCUUGAAAGUAGAUGGACUGAACUACUCAGCAAGGCAGCGGCCAGGCAAAAACAGCUGGAAGAUAUCCUGGUUCUAGCCAAACAAUUCCAUGAGACAGCUGAGCCUAUUUCUGACUUCUUAUCUGUCACAGAGAAAAAACUUGCUAACUCAGAACCUGUUGGCACUCAGACUGCCAAAAUUCAACAGCAGAUUGUUCGGCACAAGGCUCUGAAGGAAGAAAUAGAAAGCCAUGCAACAGAUGUGCACCAGGCAGUCAAAAUUGGGCAGUCCCUCUCCUCCCUGACAUGUUCUGCAGAACAGGGUGUGCUUUCAGAAAAGCUAGACUCACUGCAGGCCCGGUACAGUGAGAUUCAAGACCGGUGCUGCCGGAAAGCAGCACUGCUUGAACAAGCACUGUCUAAUGCUAGACUGUUUGGAGAGGAUGAGGUGGAGGUGCUCAACUGGCUGGCUGAGGUUGAGGACAAGCUCAGUUCAGUGUUCGUAAAGGAUUACAGACAGGAUGUCCUACAGAAGCAGCAUGCUGACCACCUGACUUUAAAUGAAGAGAUUGUUAAUAGAAAGAAGAAUGUAGAUCAAGCUAUUAAAAAUGGUCAGGCUCUUCUGAAACAAACCACAGGCGAAGAGGUGUUGCUUAUUCAGGAGAAACUAGAUGGUAUAAAAACUCGCUAUGCAGACAUCACAGUCACUAGCUCCAAGGCCCUCAGAACUUUGGAGCAAGCCCGGCAGCUGGCCACCAAGUUCCAGUCUACUUACGAGGAGCUGACUGGGUGGCUGAGGGAGGUGGAGGAGGAGCUGGCAACCAGUGGGGGACAGUCUCCCACAGGGGAGCAGAUACCCCAGUUUCAGCAAAGGCAGAAGGAAUUAAAGAAGGAGGUCAUGGAGCACAGGCUGGUGUUGGACACAGUGAAUGAGGUGAGCCGUGCUCUCCUAGAGCUGGUGCCCUGGAGAGCCAGAGAAGGGCUGGAUAAACUUGUAUCUGAUGCCAACGAGCAGUACAAGCUGGUCAGUGACACUGUUGGACAAAGGGUGGAUGAAAUUGAUGCUGCUAUUCAGAGAUCACAACAGUAUGAGCAAGCUGCUGAUGCAGAACUAGCUUGGGUUGCUGAAACAAAACGAAAACUGAUGGCCCUUGGUCCAGUUCGCUUGGAGCAGGACCAGACCACAGCUCAGCUACAAGUACAGAAGGCUUUCUCCAUUGACAUCAUUCGACACAAAGAUUCAAUGGAUGAACUCUUCAGUCAUCGUGGUGAAAUCUUUGGCACAUGUGGGGAGGAACAGAAAGCUCUGUUACAGGAAAAGACAGAGUCUCUAAUACAGCAGUAUGAAGCCAUAAGCCUACUCAAUUCAGAGCGUUACGCCCGCCUAGAGCGGGCACAGGUUUUGGUGAACCAGUUUUGGGAAACGUACGAGGAGCUCAACCCCUGGAUUGAGGAAACGCGGGCACUGACAGCACAGUUACCUCCUCCAGCUAUUGAUCAUGAGCAGCUGAGGCAGCAGCAAGAGGAAAUGAGGCAACUAAGGGAAUCCAUUGCUGAACACAAACCUCAUAUUGACAAGCUACUGAAGAUAGGUCCACAACUGAAGGAGCUAAACCCUGAGGAGGGGGAAAUGGUGGAAGAAAAAUACCAGAAAGCAGAAAACAUGUACGCCCAAAUAAAAGAGGAAGUGCGCCAGCGGGCCCUGGCUUUGGAUGAGGCUGUUUCCCAGUCUGCUCAGUUCCAUGAUAAAAUUGAGCCCAUGUUGGAGACGCUGGAGAAUCUUUCCUCUCGCCUGCGCAUGCCACCAUUGAUCCCUGCUGAAGUAGACAAGAUCAGAGAGUGCAUCAGUGACAAUAAAAGUGCCACCGUGGAGCUGGAAAAACUACAGCCUGCCUUUGAGGCCCUGAAACGCCGUGGAGAAGAGCUCAUUGGGCGAUCUCAGGGAGCUGACAAGGAUCUGGCUGCAAAAGAAAUCCAGGAUAAAUUGGAUCAAAUGGUGUUCUUCUGGGAAGAUAUCAAAGCUCGGGCUGAAGAGCGAGAAAUUAAAUUCCUUGAUGUCCUUGAAUUAGCGGAGAAGUUCUGGUAUGACAUGGCAGCUCUCCUGACCACAAUCAAAGACACCCAGGAUAUCGUCCAUGACUUGGAAAGCCCAGGCAUUGACCCAUCCAUCAUCAAACAACAGGUUGAAGCUGCCGAGACUAUUAAGGAGGAGACAGAUGGUCUGCAUGAGGAGCUAGAGUUUAUUCGAAUCCUUGGGGCAGAUUUGAUUUUUGCCUGUGGAGAAACUGAGAAGCCCGAGGUGAAGAAGAGCAUCGAUGAGAUGAAUAAUGCCUGGGAGAACUUAAACAAAACAUGGAAAGAGAGGCUGGAGAAACUUGAGGAUGCCAUGCAAGCUGCUGUGCAGUAUCAGGACACUCUGCAGGCUAUGUUUGACUGGCUAGAUAACACUGUGAUUAAACUCUGCACCAUGCCCCCUGUUGGCACUGACCUCAACACUGUUAAAGAUCAGUUAAAUGAAAUGAAGGAGUUCAAAGUGGAAGUUUACCAACAGCAAAUUGAGAUGGAGAAGCUCAAUCACCAGGGUGAACUGAUGUUAAAGAAAGCAACUGAUGAAACAGACAGAGACAUUAUACGAGAACCAUUGACAGAACUCAAACACCUCUGGGAGAACCUGGGCGAGAAAAUUGCCUAUAGACAGCAUAAGCUAGAAGGUGCUCUGUUGGCUCUUGGCCAAUUCCAACAUGCCUUAGAGGAACUAAUGAGUUGGCUGAUUCACACUGAAGAGUUGUUAGAUGCUCAGAGACCAAUCAGUGGAGACCCAAAAGUCAUUGAAGUUGAGCUUGCAAAACACCAUGUUCUCAAAAAUGAUGUUUUGGCCCAUCAAGCCACAGUGGAAACAGUCAACAAAGCUGGCAAUGAGCUUCUUGAAUCUAGCGCUGGAGAUGAUGCCAGCAGCUUAAGGAGCCGUUUGGAAACUAUGAACCAGUGCUGGGAGUCAGUGUUACAGAAAACAGAGGAGAGGGAGCAGCAGCUGCAGUCGACACUGCAGCAGGCCCAAGGUUUCCACAGUGAAAUUGAAGAUUUCCUCUUGGAACUGACUAGAAUGGAGAGCCAGCUUUCUGCAUCUAAGCCUAUAGGAGGACUUCCUGAAACUGCUAGGGAACAGCUCGAUACACAUAUGGAACUGUAUUCGCAACUGAAAGCCAAGGAAGAGACUUAUAACCAACUGCUUGACAAGGGCAGGCUCAUGCUUCUAAGCCGUGAUGAUUCUGGGUCUGGCUCAAAGACAGAACAGAGUGUAGCACUCUUGGAACAGAAGUGGCAUGUGGUCAGCAGUAAGAUGGAAGAAAGAAAGUCAAAGCUGGAAGAGGCCCUCAACCUGGCAACAGAAUUCCAGAAUUCUCUACAAGAUUUCAUCAACUGGCUCACCCUAGCAGAGCAGAGUUUAAACAUUGCUUCUCCUCCCAGCCUUAUUCUAAACACCGUCCUUUCCCAGAUAGAGGAGCACAAGGUUUUUGCUAAUGAAGUAAAUGCUCAUCGAGAUCAGAUCAUUGAGCUGGAUCAAACCGGAAAUCAGUUAAAGUUCCUUAGCCAAAAACAGGAUGUUGUUCUGAUCAAGAAUUUGUUGGUUAGUGUCCAGUCUCGGUGGGAAAAAGUCGUCCAGCGUUCCGUUGAAAGGGGGCGAUCACUAGAUGAUGCCAGGAAGCGGGCGAAACAAUUCCAUGAAGCUUGGAAAAAACUGAUCGACUGGCUAGAAGAUGCAGAGAGUCACCUGGACUCAGAACUGGAGAUAUCCAAUGACCCGGACAAAAUUAAGCUUCAGCUUUCUAAGCACAAGGAAUUUCAGAAAACCCUUGGUGGCAAACAGCCCGUGUAUGAUACCACAAUCAGAACUGGCAGAGCACUGAAAGAAAAGACUUUGCUUCCUGAUGACACUCAGAAACUAGACAACUUACUGGGAGAAGUCAGAGACAAAUGGGAUACCGUUUGUGGCAAGUCUGUGGAGCGGCAGCACAAGUUGGAGGAGGCCCUCCUGUUUUCAGGCCAGUUCAUGGAUGCUUUGCAGGCCCUGGUUGAUUGGCUGUACAAGGUGGAGCCACAGCUGGCUGAGGACCAGCCUGUGCAUGGGGACCUCGACCUCGUCAUGAACCUCAUGGACGCCCAUAAGGUUUUCCAGAAAGAACUGGGAAAGCGAACGGGAACUGUUCAGGUACUGAAGCGGUCGGGCCGCGAGCUGAUUGAGAACAGUCGAGAUGACACCACUUGGGUGAAAGGACAGCUCCAGGAACUGAGCACCCGCUGGGACACUGUGUGCAAACUGUCUGUCUCCAAACAGAGCCGACUGGAGCAGGCCUUAAAACAGGCAGAAGAGUUUCGAGACACAGUCCACAUGUUGCUGGAGUGGCUUUCUGAAGCAGAGCAAACGCUACGCUUUCGGGGAGCGCUUCCUGAUGACACAGAGGCCCUACAGUCUCUCAUUGACACCCACAAGGAAUUCAUGAAGAAAGUAGAAGAAAAGCGAGUGGAUGUUAACGCAGCAGUGGCAAUGGGGGAAGUCAUCCUGGCUGUCUGCCACCCUGAUUGCAUCACUACCAUCAAGCACUGGAUCACUAUUAUCCGAGCUCGCUUUGAGGAGGUCCUGACAUGGGCUAAGCAGCACCAGCAGCGUCUUGAAACAGCCCUGUCAGAACUGGUGGCUAAUGCUGAGCUCUUGGAAGAACUUCUGGCAUGGAUCCAGUGGGCUGAGACCACCCUCAUUCAGCGGGAUCAGGAGCCGAUCCCCCAGAACAUUGACCGAGUGAAAGCCCUUAUUGCUGAGCAUCAGAUGUUUAUGGAGGAGAUGACACGCAAACAGCCUGACGUGGACCGGGUCACCAAGACAUACAAAAGGAAAAACGUAGAACCCACUCAUGCACCUUUCAUCGAAAAAUCUCGCAGUGGUAGCAGGAAGUCCUUGAGUCAGCCCACACCUCCUCCCAUGCCAAUCCUCUCACAAUCUGAAGCUAAAAACCCACGGAUCAACCAGCUCUCUGCCCGCUGGCAGCAGGUCUGGCUGUUAGCACUGGAGCGUCAGCGGAAGCUGAACGAUGCCUUGGAUAGACUGGAGGAGUUGAAGGAAUUUGCCAACUUUGACUUUGAUGUCUGGAGGAAAAAGUAUAUGCGUUGGAUGAAUCACAAAAAGUCUCGGGUAAUGGAUUUCUUCCGGCGAAUUGACAAGGACCAGGAUGGGAAGAUAACACGUCAGGAAUUUAUCGAUGGCAUUUUAGCAUCCAAGUUCCCUACCACCAAGUUAGAGAUGACUGCUGUGGCUGACAUUUUUGACCGAGAUGGAGAUGGCUACAUUGAUUACUAUGAAUUUGUGGCCGCUCUCCAUCCCAACAAGGAUGCUUAUCGACCAACAACCGAUGCAGAUAAAAUUGAAGAUGAGGUCACAAGACAAGUGGCUCAGUGCAAGUGUGCAAAAAGGUUUCAGGUGGAGCAGAUUGGAGAGAAUAAAUAUCGGUUCUUCCUCGGCAAUCAGUUUGGGGAUUCUCAGCAGUUGCGGCUGGUCCGUAUUCUGCGCAGCACAGUUAUGGUCCGUGUUGGUGGAGGAUGGAUGGCCUUGGAUGAAUUUUUAGUGAAAAAUGAUCCCUGUCGAGCACGAGGUAGAACUAACAUCGAACUUAGAGAGAAAUUCAUCCUACCUGAGGGGGCAUCCCAGGGAAUGACCCCCUUCCGGUCACGUGGUCGAAGGUCCAAACCAUCUUCCCGGGCAGCUUCGCCUACCCGCUCCAGCUCAAGUGCUAGUCAGAGUAACCACAGCUGUACCUCCAUGCCAUCUUCUCCAGCCACCCCAGCCAGUGGUACCAAGACUCCACUGCAGCUCUCUCGCUGUUAUGACAAACCCUGGCUGGUAAACAGUAAAGCUGGCACCCCUGUCAGGGACAGCCAUUAUCCUGACCUCCAGCUGGCCAGCCCUGAGGUUAUUCCAUCAUCAGGCAGCAAGUUGAAACGACCAACACCAGCUUUUCAUUCUAGCCGAACAUCCCUUGCUGGUGAUACCAGUAAUAGUUCUUCCCCGGCCUCCACAGGUGCCAAAACUAAUCGAGCAGACCCUAAAAAGUCAGCCAGUCGCCCUGGGAGUCGGGCAGGGAGUCGGGCUGGGAGUCGAGCCAGCAGCCGGCGAGGAAGCGAUGCCUCUGACUUUGACCUGCUAGAGACGCAGUCUGCUUGUUCCGACACGUCAGAAAGUAGCACUGCAGGUGGCCAGGGCAACUCCAGGAGAGGGCUAAACAAACCUUCCAAAAUCCCAACCAUGUCUAAGAAGACCACCACUGCCUCCCCCAGGACUCCGGGUCCCAAGCGAUAACACUGUACAAACACCCCUGAAGCCUCUGUCCACUUUGAAUCCUGCUCCAUACAUUGGGUGUAUAUUUAUUCUGAAUGGGAGAAGUUAUAUUGUUAAAAGUGUAAAAGAAUAAUUGUGUUAUGAAGCUGCCUUAUUUUUUUUUCUUUUUGUAAGUUACUAUUUUCAUGUGAAUAUUUAUGUAGAUAAAAUUUUCCUCCUGGUGACCCUAAAAUGGAUGGGGCCCAGAAAUGAAAUAUUUGAGAAAAACACGUGAAAAGGUCAAGAUGCUAAUGUGUAUUAAAAAAAAAGAAAAGCCUCUAAUUAGGGUUUCUGCGCGGUGCAGGGUUGUAAACCUGCUUUAUCUUUUAGGAUUAUUCCUAAAUGCAUCUUCUUUAUAAACUUGACUUGCUAUCU